AUGCGGAACAAUCAAGACGAUGAGAUUGCAGCUCUUACGGUUCACAUGCCGUGGCUGAAGCGUGAUGAGGCUCUUGAACUGCUGCGGCGCUACGGCGGGAGCGCUGAAAGCGUGCUGCAGCUAAUUAAUGCGGUCAGUGACGAGCAGCAGCCCGGGACGCAGUCUGCAUCUACGCCGCCGCCGCGUGCACAAAGUCCAGGCGCAGGCAAGAAGAUGGAGAAGUACUUCGUUGGCGGCGGUGCGUCUUCCGGGCAGAUUGUAAUAGCCAGCGGUGACGCGAUGGGGGCCGGUAGAGGUGGUGAAGUGAACGAUGUCAUCAAGUCCAUCUUUGAUCGGGAGAAACAGCCGCUGGACAACGAAGACGGUGAGGGUGUGCAUGCGUUCUUUGGACGGGGGCGGCGGCUCGGCCACACCGCGACGCCAAGCCCCUUCAUCGCAUCCACCGCUCGGCAGCGGCGUGAGGUCGCGGUCAAGGUGUUCCGCAACGCCUACUGCGUUGACGACGGGCCAAUUCAAGAAAAGGACAGUGAAGAGGGUAUGGCCUUUUUCAAGGCGCUAAAUGAGGGCGUGGUGCCAGACAGCAUUGCGGCAAUGUACCCCACCACCUACAUCGACGUGCUACUCGUCGAUUGCAUGCAACAAGAUGCCCCAGCAGCGACGUUCUCGGCAUUUGCCGGGGAGGGCCACCGGCUCUCUGGCCCCACCACUUCGACCACCCCAACAGAAGCAGCAGCAGCACCAACAACACCACCGAGGGUACAGAGCGCCACUUCCAGUGGAAGUGGGACUUUUAAGCUUCACGAGGGCGAGGAAACUACAAAACUGGCGAUUGUAAACUUCCUCGGUGAACGGAAGGAGUUUGUGGUGAACCCUAUGCGUCACACUGUGGGGGACAUUUUCACUUUAGCGUCGCAGCAGGCACAGCCUGGAGCGCUGUCGUUUGAACUCAUCGCCCGCGACGUCCCCCCACGGCCAUUGGUGGAUAAGUCUCUUACGAUUGAUUCUGCCAAGUUGCGAAAUGCCACAGUUAUGAUGCGGAAGGCAUAA